AUGUUCAAUUUCUUCAAAAGGAAAGGCAAGGUCGAGCCGGGUCCGGCCGAGCGCGGGCGGAAAAAGCCGACCGCCGACGCGGUAAAACUGACCGCAGUCGAGGGCCGCGCCUCACGAAACGACGCCACGAGCGACAAGCCGACCAGCAAGGAUGUAGUGAACCUGCUCAUCCCGGAGACGGACUACCAGCAGAAGACCGGCGUCGGAGCCAUCCUGGACAUCAUGGCCGGCAAGAGGCGCCGCGGUAAACGCAGGCCCGGCCAGAGGUCCGAGUCGUGCCGACACAGUCCACCCAAGCAGAGCUUGCAGCGAAGUCCGUCGGCCGCCCAGCCGCCCACGUCCGCCCGAAAUAACGACGCGGACGCAGACGAUCCGGCGGAGUUCGUCAGGGCGCUCGUUUUGCAGAAAUACGCGAAGCCGACCGACAAAGAAGAUAAACACGUGUCAAUGGUUUACGUCUCACAGCAGCCAAAUAUAGAUGAGAAACGACACACCGAAGCAUUGCUAAGAGAGAUCGCGAGAAGCAUAGACUGCACCGUCGAUCAGAUCAAUGAGGGGAAGCAGAUGGGGUCCGCGGACAGCAAGGACGUGAGCGAGCCCGUCUACGAGACGGUGGACGGCGUCGACGCUUACAAGAACGAACUGAAAGACGAACUCAACAAAUUGUUAGACGUCCAGAAUCGUUUUGAGGCCGAAUCUCCUUCUACGGUGAAGAAAUCCAACUUGAAGCUACCGAAGUCAGACACUGAGGGGUGUUCGGACGACGACAGAUCAGAUAGCGGCAAGAAGAGGGUUACAUUCAGGAAGCACAUAGUCUUCGAUGAUGGAGAGCAGCAGACUGAUGAUGGAGCCGACUCGUCGUUUGAGUCCCUCUCUUCCGGCGAUGAGGUCGAAGAAGACGAAGGAUACCUUGGCGUCUACGAGGACAAUAGAACAGUUAUUAAUGUUAAAAACGGUGAGCCGGUCACAAUUGCGGUCACUUGCAACGAAGAAUUCAAAAGAAUAUCUAGUGAUAACAGUGAUAGUGGUUUUAUAGAUGACAAAGCGGGUGAGGACUUGACCUGUGCCGGUAAGAGUGUAGUGGAGAGUGAGAGUGAGAGUGAGGAGGAGAUCAUAGAGGAGAUAGAAGAAAUAGAGGAGAUAGAGGAGAUAGAAGAAAUUGAAGAAGAAUAUAUAGACGAAGAGGAAUCUAGUGAAGAGGACGAGAAAAGCCUCGUGAGCCAAGAGAAGUUCCAGAACCAUGUGGCCGCUAUCACAGAGCUAUCCGACUCCAGGAUAGAAGAGGCGGAACGUGCGAAAAAUCUCAUUGUGACCUACAGAAAAGAAAUAGAGACCAAAGACCAGGAAAUCGAAGAACUGAAAUGUGAGCUGGCAGCGGCGUACAAAGAAUCGGAAUUAGUUAGGCAAAGGAGUAGCUCGUUGGAAGACGAGCUAAACGCGGCCAGGACCUGCUCCGCCGACUUAGCCGACCAGCUGCAAAGGAAAAACGAUGAAUCUCUUCGUCAGCUCCGAGCUGAGCUGGAAGAUGCUCAGGCUCGGCGAGCUGAACUCGAGUCCAGGGUACUGGCUUUGGAGAGAGAUAGAGAUAGACUGCUGCAAGAGAGAACCUUGCAAGAAGAGAGAGCCAAAGAAGCGUUAGCGUCCGCUGAAGCUGACACCGCGAAAUGGCGGCAGGCUCACGAGGCGGUCAGAUCUCAAGCCGCCGCGAGGGCGGAGAGGAUGCUCGGAGACUGCGAGUGGAAGAUGAGGGAGCUUGAAAAGAGGGCCAGAGAAGCAGAGAAAUCUAAAAAAGAGCUCACAGAGGAAGUGGAAAAACUGAAGGCGGCAUCGCGACCGACUCCGUCGCACGUCGCCGAGCUCCAGCAGCUGCGGGGCCUGGCUUCGGAGCAGCAGCGGUCCGUUCAGUCUCUGACCUUGCAGCUGCAGAGGGCGGAGACGAGGGAAGAGACUCUCAAACUCGAGGUCCAUAGACUGAAGGAGCUGUUGGAGAGAGAGACGGUCAGCGGGAAAGAGAAAGAAGAACGCCAUCAGCAGGCAAUCAAACAAUUAGAAGAGAAGCACAGUAAGGCGAUCGAAAAUCUCAAGUCUGAACACGCCAGUUCUGCCGCAGCAUCACGCGCGGCGCUGGAGCGAAUGCACGCCGAGAGAACGAGGUCAGCAUUAGCUCAGUUGAGAGCCGAAGCUGACCAGGAAGCCAGGAAUGCUGACAGAAAACUAAGAGAGGUCACUACUAGGUUCGAAAACCUCAAAGAAGUACUGGCGAGCAAGGAGGCCCAGUUCGAGCACGCGAUCUCGGAGGCGCACAGCAAGGCGGACUGGGACGUGCUACAGCUGCGCCACCUGCUGGACAAGGCCGACAUUAACUAUGCAAACAACAUUGAGCUAAUGACGGAGAGGCACGAGAAAGAGAAAGAACGCUUAACAGAAGAAUGGGAAGCGAAACUUCGGGAAAUCGAAGAGCAAGCUUCGACCGCGGCGAGCGAAGCUAAGAAGCUUCUAGAAACGACGAGAGCCAAACUCGUUGCAGAGAGAAUCGAGCAAAUCAAUAAACUAAAAGAAAAUCAUCGUGAUGAGAUGAACGAACAAUGGGAACAGUUUAUGAUCGACAAAGAGAAUUGCUUAGCGCGAAUGAAGAUGGAAUGUAGGCAGGAGGGAGAAGAAGAAAGAGUUAAAAGAGAGAAGGAACUGUUAGAAGAAAUUACUGAAUUAAAAUCUCAAAUACAAUCAAAAUCAGUCGAUUUCGACAACUUGGCCGUCAAAGCUGCCGCCUGCGGUAGGACUUUAGCAGUUACCGAGCAGGAACUAAGAGAGGCGUUGGCGAGAGAAAGAGAAUUGAGAGAGAAGAGAUCAGAAGAUUCGUCUAAAGUGAAACAAAUCGAAAAAUCGUCUAAGGAACAAAUCGAGCAUUUGACAAGGAAAUGCGCUUGCCUGAGAAAGCUUUUCGACGACGUGCGCUCCCGGCUGACGGCUCGCGAGCGCACAGCCGAGCAAGAAGCACGCGCCAAAGACAAAGAACUAAAUCAUUUACGCGCCGAAGUUGCUAGACUCACUAAAAUACUCGUUGAGCAAAGUGCUCCCACACUAGGCACGAGGACCAGAGCUGACGGCUGCGAGACGAUCCUGAAGGCCGAGGAGCUAGCCAAGACCGAGGGCAUCCAACGCAAGAAGGGUGGAUCACUCAGGACGCCCGAACCAAUAAGGAAACGCCCGACAUUGCCGGAACUGACGCCGCUGCCGCCGGAAGCGCGUCGCACGCUGUAUGAUUACGGAAGCGGACGCAGACGAGCGAAGAGCGUCGAUCUACCGGCAGUACAAGUUCCGGUCAGGAUAAAACAACUAGAGGAGAGAACUAAAGAAUAAAUAAUUCAAAAUUUUCGAACCUUUCUAAAUGAUACUACUACCUCAGAGCUCUGAUAGCCUGGUACUAGCAUUGCUAUAGCGGAACCUUAAAAUAUCUUCUACCGACAAGUUUCCACCACAAUCAACCAGUUAUCACUCCAGACUAUUGAGGCUCGACCUCAAGCCUCAAGCCGGCGGUGAUACUGAAUUAAAACCACUUUACGUAUUUCUCAAUAGUGAAUGUUUUAUGCAAGAUAUUGCCCUAUAUAUAGAUAUUUUUUGUUAUAAAACAAUAUGGCUUUGUACUCUUUCGUUAAAGCUAAUUUAUAAGUUAAAGAGUAUUUAAAGUAUUAUUUAAAAUGUUUGUACAAUACAAAAUAUAGAAAUAAUAAAUCGAAAAUGACUUCUCCAAAACGUCUUUUUGUGUACAAUUUUUUAAAGAGUAUAUUUUUAAAGAAUCCUACUUAAACAUAAACUUUUCUAACAAAUAAUUCUUAUAAUUAACUCGAUACUGCACAUUUAUACAAUUAAGUUUCUCGCCGGAUCCG